UGAGAGGCUCAGAAGUAGCGGCUUUUUGCUCGGCUGGUUUUCUCAGGCCAAAAGACACGCUAGAGUUUCAGUUUCACUUGACUAUUUGCCAGAGAAGCAAGUGCACAAUACAGUGUCUGUUUGGCAAAAAUCGCGCGACGAGUUUUAAAAAAGGUUUUCCUAUUGGAUUAAGAAAAAAAAAGUGCUCUUAAACCACCUUCGCAGAUUUGAGAUUUUGUGUGGGAUUUUGAGAUAAAUCAUUUAGUAGUAGUUGUGUUGUUGUUGUGAUUCAAAAGGCGGGAAAAAUAUUCCAGAAAGUGGAGAGACAAUAGUUUAAGACAUUUGCUGGAAAUUCUCCGUGAGUGAUUCAUCCAGAGGCAUCUUGCACAUCUCUCUGAGAAUCUUACCAUAGAGGAGAUAUAUAUAUAUAUAUAUACAUAUUCUUAUCUUUGCCAAACUAACAACGACAUGCAUCAGUAUUAAAAACUCAGUUAGAAAGUCAUGAUGUGUCUACGUGAAGUGAUAUACUUGAAUUAAGGAAAGUUGCAAUAUUUAUUUGCAAGGCAAAAAAGGAAAAGAAAAAAAGGAAGCCACAUAUAAAAUUCUUUUUAUGGCAUUUCGUGCAAUAUUUUAUUCAUUUGAGAUAUUUUGCAAAAAAAUUGUGAUCUAGAGCAAGCACAAGAGGAAUAUAUUUGAAAAAGAAGAAAGAAAGGAAAACAAGUACAAAAGGCACAAAAAUGGAAUUUCGAUUCAAUGUGACACAGUAUUUUAAGACGCCGAUUAUCAAAGUUACCAACACUCUUCUACCAAGUGGAUACUAUGAGGAUCGACGAGCUGUCCUCGAUGCCACGAGCAAAAUAUCGGAAAUUAUUAAUGACAUGGGAGAAGCCUCAGCACAGGCUCAAGGAUUGACCAGGGCAGUGACAACAGCCCAGAAACUCCGCAAUUCAGACCACAUUGUCUAUCUCAUGUCGGAGAAGAAUGGCAAAAAUGGCGUCGUGACGGGAUUGCUUAAGGUGGGCGUCAAAUCCUUAUAUGUAUUCGAUGCUGAUGGUGAGACGCACAAGGUGAACGCGCCCUGUGUCCUCGACUUCUACAUUCAUGAGUCGCGACAGCGAGCUGGUCUCGGGAAGGUUCUCUUUCAGUAUAUGUUGGACCAGGAGAAUUAUCAGCCACAGCAGUUGGCCAUUGAUCGUCCGUCGGACAAGUUGGUGGGUUUCCUGAGGAAGCACUACCGUCUCAUCCAGACAAUUCCACAGAUGAAUAAUUUUGUUGUCUACGAAGGAUUCUUCGAUCACAAUCAAUCAAGAGAUAAUUCUUCCAUGGAAAGUGCUGAACUUCAUUUCACCAACAGUCCUAACACAUCACUCUUUGGGCCACAAUUCAAAUCCAACACGGCUGAAUUGAGGGGUCAACAGCCCAAUGGGAAGUCACCCUUGCCCACAAUGCCAACAAUUGGCAAUCUGCAAAAUGCACCAGUUGGACGAUAUGCCGCCCAGAGGCCACGAUGUAGCAUGGCUGAGAUAAUUCACAAUAGUCCUGGCACAGUUCCGAGUGAGCCUCAGAGGGGAUAUGCUUUAGAUCAUCCGUACAAGGAAGAAGUGGUCGUUGAUGAGGAACAAUUCCAACAUGUUGAGGAGAUUGCUCAUGAAUUGACAGCUCUGGAACUUCAGAGUGCUGAAAAUGGGGAAGAUGAGGCUGACGCCAAAGAGGAGGAAGCUGAUGAAGAGCCUCAAGCUGAAGACGAACCAGAACCAGAGCCCGAAGAGCCGGCAGAGGAGAAAUCUCCUGUUGAGGAAAUUGUGGAAAGGCCAAUAUUUCAGCGUCCAACCCAUUUUCAGCACAACAAGCAACAUACAGGCCUCAAAAAUCUCUCCUUCAACGUGGGUAUGGCUGUUACUCCCACGGCCAAGAUGGAGUUCGACCAAGAGGCUCCGGAGAGCUUUGGAGUGGUUAAAAUUGGGAGGCCCAUUGGGGGUGUUAGGGGGAGUCCGGGAGCAGAUCCAAGUGAUACUGCUUCCGUAAUUUCAGCUGGAUCUGGAGGAUCUCACACUGAACAGGGCUUCCUGGAUCUCAAAUUCCAUCACAAUAAAUUGUGGUGAAUUUGCUAAAGAAAAAAAUUCCCAUUGAUUCUUUUUUCCUCUGGGGGCCCUUUGUUCUCGAAGCUCGCAAAAUCCAGAAAGAAAAUUAAUUUUUCUCAAUGAAAUUUUCUUUAUUGGUAUUCUCGAUUUUUGAAGUAGCUUUUCAGGUUAUAUUGAGGUUAUGUUGAACCUAACCUUUAAAAAAGAGGAGAGUAUUUUUUGAAGAAGGAAAAAUGAUAAAACCGGAUAAAACCGAUAAAACUCUUCAAAAAGAUUGGAUAAUUUCAGAAUUUGACAAUAGUGUGACUUUAAAAGAUUUCCAACAAUUUUAAUUCCAGGUUUUCUAACCUCAAAACUGCAAAUAAAAAGAGCUCGUGGCUAUAAAUUAGGUUGGUACAAAUUAAACAAUGCUAAAUCUAUUUUUCAUCUCAGGGUCCAAAGGAAUUUCCAAGGAACCUUUUCUGCCAAGUACAAAAUUAAGUUCUUAGACACAAAUAUUUACGGGCAUUUGGGACCGAAAUGUCACACGAAUUAGCGAGAAAUUCAGGCUACAAAGUUUUUGAAAUGCAACGAUUUUUUUUGUCCCUUUGCAUACUCAUAAAUUUUACAUACUCAUAUUUGCUGUAAAUGUCAUAAAAAUCCCAAUAAUGCAAAAUGACAUCAGAAGUAAGGCAAACCAAUGCAAAUUUAUGUAUAUUUCCUUCAUUCGAUAACCAAGAUUAAGCUUGAAAAAUGUCAACAAAUUUUUUUUUUCAAAUAUAACUGCAGCCCGAUUUUUUUUCACUAUUUUACAAUACACUAUUUUACACUAUUUUAGCAGCUUUGUCAAAGUUGACAAAGCUGCUGCCCGAAUUAAAAAGUAUCCCGAUUAGCCGAAUUAGCAAGAGAGUCUACUGUAUUCUUUUUUUGAGAAUUAGAUUAGGGUAAAAUGAGGUAAUUUGGAACUAUUUAUAAUUUGGGACAUUUAAGAUUUUCUCAGUAUUUUAGAGAUUCAAAAGGCAGAAAAGCUGUUCCUUUUCUUCUUGAUUGUUUUUUCAUCUAUUUCGCGGUCUUUAUUUUCUCUUUGCUCAUCUGAAACAAUGAGAGAAUCUCAAAUAUCCCAAAUUGUAAAUUGUUACAAAUUACCCCAUUUUACCCUAAUAAAUUUUAAAUUAAAACAGAAAAGCAUUAGACGAAAAGCAAUCUUACUAAUUGAAUGUUACUAAUCAAAUAUUUGACUUGAUAUUUAUUCAUUUUAUUUUAUUAAUAAAGCUAGAUCGAAAUGUUAGGUUAUGAUAAAAAUAACCUCAAAAAACUAUUUAAACUUCGAGUGAAGCUUCAAAAUUUUUCCGAAAAUAUGGGAUUAUUUUCUCAAAUCUUAUUCAUUUGAGGGACAUAGAGAACAGUUCCAAAUAAUAUUAGCCAGCUUUUAUAUAAAACAUCCUAUUUUAUUUAAAAGAAAAAGAGUUAGAAAAUAGGAUUCUAACCUAACCACGUCUAAGGGCGAUUAACAAAAUUAAAAAAAUUAAGUCCAAUAUUCUAUUUUAUUGAAUUAACAAAAAAGAAGCUUAUUUUCUCAUAACGGAGAAACUUCCUUUUGGAAGUCAAGGUUAUGUUUCACUUAACCAGAAAAAAAAUAAAAAAAUAAUAAGAUACAAGGGAUAACCAUUUCGGGAAAAUUUAGCCAAUCUGGUCAGGGAACUCGGGGAACAUAUACCUUUUUCAAGGAACUCGUGAGGAACCCAUACAUUUUUCAGGGAAUUCUCCGGGAACUCUGGGAAUCCAUACAUUUUUCAAGGAACUCUCCAGGAAUCUGAGGGACCCAUACAUUUUUCAGGGAAAUAUCCAAGAAUCCGGGGAACCCAUACCAUUAUCAAGGAAUUCUCCGAAAAUCCGGGGAACUCAUACAUUUUUCAGAGAACUCUUCGGGUACCCAGCGAACCCGUACAUUUUUCAGGCAAGACUCCAAGAAUCCAGAGUACCCAUAUAUUUUUCAAAGAACACUCCGGGAAUCCUGGAACUCAUUCAUUUUUUAGGGAACUCCUCGGGAACCCCGAGAAUCCAUGCAUUUUUCAGGGAAUCUAGGGAACCCAUACAUUUUUUAGGAAACUCUGGGAACCCAGGGAACCUAUACAUUUUUCAGGAAACUCUGGGAACCCAGGGAACCUAUACAUUUUUCAGGAAAUUCUCCGGGAACCCGGGGAACCCGUACAUUUUUCAGGAAACUCCGGGAAUCUUGUACAUUUUCCAGGGAACUAACGGAGAACCCAGGGUAUCCAUACAUUUUUCAGGGAACUCUCCGGAAACUCAUAUAUAGGACUUUUAAGGGACAGAAGGAGUAAUUUUAUAAUGAAUCGAUAAGAAUGGCGAGAAAAAUUAUAAAUUAAAGUUUUACUAGAUUAAUCCAGGUUACAAUAUUCGUUCGAAAUAUUUUUUAGGUUAGGGGCAAUACGACUUCACAUUUUAUUAAAAAAAAAACAACUCCUAACUCAGAAUGUGAAUAAAGGUAUUUUUAUUUGCGUAUAACUAGUGAAAAAAUAUUUGAAGCAAACUUUUAAAUAAUAAAAGUAGAGUGGCGUUUGCUUAAUAUAUUUUUUUCUAAUGAAUCGUAAGCUUUAUUGUCUAGUUUUAUUCCAGACUGAUUCUGCUUUUGAUCCCUCUUUCUAAAAAAUAAGCAAAAUUUAAAGAUAUUGGCUUUGAUCUGAUAUGAAUGAGUUUUUAAGGUUAGAUUUACCAUAACCUAAAAAUUUUCAUUGCAUUUCAUGGCAGGUGAGAGAAUAAAAUUCUAAUCUGUUUGUGUUAAAUAGUUAAAUAGUUUAAAUAGUUUUCUCCAAGAAAUUUCUUUGAACUUUAAAAGUCUUAAAAUGAAUUUGAAGAACAUCGAGAAUACCAAGAUUUGAGGUUAGGAAAUCUUCAAAGUUUCUAUAAAAUAUUUUGUCAGAAAACUCGAAAAAGAAAGUUUCCUGGAAGUUAUUGAUGGAAUUUUGUUAAUCCAAUCCUACAUUGCAGUUAAUUUUUGUAGUUUAAUUUAGUGUUGAAUUGUUUAUCACCUGUUUGUAAAUACCUAAGUAAUUUGUUUUGUGACAAAGUUUUAAAAUACUUUGAGAAAGUAUAUCAGGCUUUUUGAGCGCUUUGUUUUACACACCUGUUAACAUUAGUCCCCCCAGUUACUAUUUACUCCAAAAUGAGAGCAUUAAAAUAUGACUAAAAUAACGUAAUCUUGUCGUUUUGUAACCUUAAAUAGAUACAAAUAUUUGCGAUAUAUAUUUAGACUUAAAAAAAAGUAUAAUAAUACAAUAAAAGUUUGCUGUUAAUCACCAACACAAAAUAAAAUGUAGAAUUUAGUGUUGAUUUUUUUUUUUGGUUUUUGUGAGACAAUUUUUGAUAACAUUACCAUGUAGUUGUUUUUUCUACUGUUGGCAAAAUCAAAAAAAAAAGUAAAAUAAGGUAAAAUGAUGAGAAAAAUGUUCAAUUUUUAUUCCUUUCAGUGCACCAUAUGAAAAGAUCUAUCGUGAUUUUAUGCUUUAAAAUGAUUAAAAUGACGCAGAUGAAAGUAUGAUAGCAUGAAUGUAACUCCAAGUAAUUCUAUGACAUGUAUUUUCUGCUAAUAAUAAUCAAAUUAAUGCAUUAAAUGUUCCAAAUGACUCCACUUAAACAAA